UUACAACUCUAUUUGCUCAUAAGGUGCGUUAAUGCUAUGCAACUCUUUGGCAAAAUGCACUAAUAUAUCAACAUUGUCACUUAAUCUCUAUGAUAAUUUAAUUGGUUCAUAGGCUGCAUCAGAAUUAUUAAAUGUUUUAACAAAAUCCAACAAUAUCUCUAAUUUAACAUUAGAUCUAAGUGAUAACUAAAUUGAUGACGAGGGUGCAUCAGGUCUAGGUUCUGCUUUAGCAAAAAGCAAUAGUAUCUCAAUUUUGAAACUAAAUCUCUC